AUGUCGGGAGGUUUGAAUUCAAUGCGAGGGAUUCCACCAGGAAUUCUGCUCUUAAGGAGCCUAAGAGGUAGGGAUUGGAGCCUCACUACGUAUAGAUAUGCGGUUUUGCUACUUACUUUUAUAGCAUAUGCUUGCUACCAUGCUUCUAGGAAACCAACCAGUAUUGUGAAGAGUAUCUUAGAUCCAGAGCCUGUGAGGCAUGUCGAACCCAUAGAUCCCUGGCCUCUCACAGAGUUUUUUAUCAAGGAGAAGUUUGUGAUAUCUAACGUCUCAAAAGCACAUAACAAGGGAUGGGCCCCUUUCAAUACUAAAGAUGGAACUAUCAAGUUGGGAGAGAUUGAUGUUGCAUUUCUGGCUUGUUAUUCCAUGGGAAUGUAUGUGGCAGGUCACCUGGGAGACACACUCGACCUACGUCUCUUCUUAACAACGGGAAUGAUCGGGAGUGGAAUUUUCGUUGGGUUGUUUGGUCUGGGUUACUUCUGGGAUAUCCACGCCUUCUGGUUUUAUCUGUUGAUGCAAAUGAUGGCCGGACUGUUUCAGGCUACUGGGUGGCCUUCUGUUGUGGCUGUUAUCGGAAAUUGGUUUGGGAAGAGAAAGAGGGGUUUGAUAAUGGGUGUUUGGAAUGCUCAUACAUCCAUUGGUAACAUCACUGGAUCCCUUCUUGCUGCUAGUGUUCUGCAGUAUGGAUGGGGCUGGUCGUUUAUACUUCCUGGAGCUCUCAUCUUUCUGGGAGGGAUAAUGAUAUUCUUGUUUCUGGCUGCAUACCCAGAAGAUGUUGGGAUUCCUUGCCCAUAUGGACUGGACUCCAGUACUAAGCAGGUAGAGACAAUAAGACCCAAGGAUGAAGAAGCUCAAAUACGGAAAGGGGGUGAAGGAGAUGAGGAAAUCCAACGUGCUGGGUCGAUGAGUAGAGGUAGCGCAGUUGGGCUUGUUGAAGCUUGCUCCAUACCUGGAGUGAUACCAUUUGCAUUGUGUCUCUUCUUUUCCAAGCUUGUGGCCUACACAUUCCUCUACUGGUUGCCUUUUUAUCUCAGCCAAACUGCAAUCGGAGGGGAGUAUGUGUCUGUGAAGUCUGCCGGCAAUCUUUCGACUCUUUUCGAUGUUGGGGGAAUUGUUGGAGGAAUCCUUGCUGGCUAUAUUUCUGAUAGACUUAAUGCUCGGGCCAUUACAGCGGCAAGCUUCAUGUAUGCUGCAAUUCCUUCAAUGCUUCUGUACCGCUUCUAUGGGAGCAAUUCUAAGUCAAUGAACAUCAUAUUGAUGAUGAUCGCUGGGCUAUUUGUGAAUGGACCCUAUGCACUGAUCACUACUGCGGUUUCUGCAGAUCUUGGGACACACAGCUCUCUAAAGGGGGAUUCAAGAGCACUGGCAACGGUGACUGCCAUUAUUGAUGGGACAGGAUCAGCUGGUGCUGCACUUGGACCUCUUCUCACAGGGUUUAUUUCAAAGAAGGGAUGGAAUGCGGUUUUCGUGAUGCUCAUUCUUGGGGCAUUCAUUGCUGGUCUUCUUCUGUCUCGCUUGGUCAUAGCAGAAAUUCGGGAAAAAGCUGGAAACAAUUUAGGGCAGCAACUGGUUGAAGGACCUACAACUCAACCUCUGCUAAGGGAUAGGAGGUGACAUAUAUACAUGGGACUACCGCCGGGGAAUUGGGCCUUCGGAAUCAAUCAAGAGACCAAGAAACGAUCGAAAGAGUAAUUAUUAGGAGUGUAAGACGGAUCACAGAUGCAUGGAAUUAAUAAUGCCAACACAAAUCGUUUUCAUUUCAACUUUGAAAGUUUGAAUGCUUUAUCUGUAAUUACUCGUUUUGUGCCACUUGUACUCUAUUAUGUAUACAUCUUCCGUCUGAGU